AUGAAAGUAAUGGAAAACAUAUAAAACCCAUAUAUAUAGAAACCUGGGGAAUGGAUCGAUCCCUAAGAUAUCAAUUCCCAAGAUAUUAAUUAAUUGAACUGGAAACUUUAUAAUAAAAAUAUAUAAUAUAGUCUCUGAUCAUCAUCAUAUUAAGAAAGAAAGAAAUGGGGAAGCAUUCAUGUUGCAACCAGCAAAAAGUGAAGAGAGGGCUUUGGUCGCCGGAAGAAGAUGAAAAGCUCACAAGAUGCAUCACUACCCAUGGCUAUGGCUGCUGGAGUGAUGUCCCUGACAAAGCCGGUCUUCAAAGGUGUGGGAAGAGUUGCAGGUUGAGGUGGAUAAAUUACUUGAGGCCAGAUAUAAGAAGAGGGAGAUUUUCUCCAGAAGAGGAGAAGUUGAUCAUAAGCCUUCAUGGUGUUGUUGGCAACAGAUGGGCCCACAUUGCAAGUCAUUUGCCAGGGAGGACAGACAAUGAGAUUAAGAAUUAUUGGAAUUCUUGGAUUAAGAAGAAGCUCAAAACUCAGACAUUAUCAAAACCUCAAACAAACACACCCCCUACUAUGGACCUACAACAUCCUCACCAACCCCUCCAAUUUUCUUCUUUUACUAACAUCACAAACAACCUUAAAUUCACAUCAAAGCCGCCUGUCCAAUUCCAAGAACCCUUAUUCUCAUUCCCUAAUAAUACUAUUAAUAAUACUAAUCAUAAUCCUUUUCUCCCAUUUGACACUAAUAAUGCGGUAUCGGAAGGGGUUAACGGUGGGGACAAUGGCAACCAAGACUCACUACCGACGGCGUUGUGGGACCGAGAACCGUACGUGGCAGCGGUGGACAGCGCGGGAAUGGAUUCCGGUUACUUCCCGCCAUUGAUAAUGGAUAACACGAUGGUGGCGCGUGAGAUGACAGGUGAGAAUCGCGUGAACGACUGGGGCAUUGACGACGCACAACAAUGCCCAGGCAGCUAUCUGUUCUGGGAUGAAGGAGCGAGCGGGGACGAUGAAGAACUACUAUCCUUACCGACGACGACAUCAUCGUCCAAUAUUAUUGGAGCUAUGAUAAUCCCAUCAUCAUCAUCUUUUCCCUAGCUCAUCAAUGUCACUGAUUGAUUUUCCUUUUCUUCUUUUCCUUUACAUAUUUUGUCUAUAUGUAUCACAGAAAUUCCGAUGAUACUAUUUGAUUGAGAGGGUGAUGUCAAAGUGUUAAAUCAUCUCACUCAGGAAAGGUAUAGUAUGGUUAUGUAGUGCAGUUACAAUUAAUCAUAUAUAUAUAUAUAUAUACGACGGAGUAUUUAUGUACAUAACCAAAAAAAAUCGAUGAAUGUUACGAAGACCAUCCGUCCCGUUGAAA